UGCAUAUUUGAAAGCAUGUGCAUUCUUUCAUUGAACACCGUUAUCUAAUUUGAUAACAGGUUUAAACUGUUACAAAAAACUUUAAAUUCACAGCCGAUUGAUUAACAUAUUUAACUCUAUACAUGUCGUCAAGGAAGUUAAAUGUGUAGACUGUUUUGAUGUCACAGAGUGCUGCUUUAUAUCUUGGAACUAUGUAACGAUUAACACAUGGCUUCGAACGUACCACCACAAUCAACUGGAUUGAGUAAUCAACCAACAAAUAAAGGCUACCCACCAGAAUAUGCCGCAGAAAGUGAGAUACCAUUUGCAACAGAUUGUCCAGACUGUCAUACAAAAGUAGUAACCAAUACAGAACAUAAAGCUGGUCCAUUUACGUGGGUUGCUUGUAUCAUGCUUGCGUCUUUUGGAUUUUUCUUAGGAUGCUGCGCCGUUCCAUUUUGUAUUAAAAGUGCCAAGGAUGUUGUACAUGUGUGUCCGAACUGUAAUUGUGAAAUAGGUAGACACAGCAGAUUUUGAUCCUAUCCUGUAAAUCAUGACACCCGUUAUGAUAAUCCUGCAAAUCAUAACACACCUUAUGAUAUUUGAAGCGAACAAUGGUGCUUAAAUGUCGUCUUAAUCCUACAAGUCAGUUCAUUGGAUAUUUUUAAACAAAUACUCUAUUAGCUUUGGAAAACUUUAGAGUUCAAUUUAUUUUUCUUCCGAUUUAUGUUUUCUACGCAAUUUGUGUUUUAACGUUCAGUUGGUCUUCAAUGAUUUUGUAAAUAUACAUCUGAUAUCAAGAUGACUGUAUUUGUUCGAACAUAUAUUUUUGUGAACAUUUGAUAGAUGAAGUGCCUCAUCAACCAACAGAGUUAAAGAGCAUAAUUUAAAAAAAAUAAAAAUACUUUUACCCUUCAG